GAGUACGGCGAGUAGUCAAUUGUCGGAGCUCUAACCGAACGGUCGCGAAGCGCAGAAGCAGAGCAACCGCCGUGAACCCCUAGAACGGCGAUUACGUUAGCUGAUUACGCGCCGUUGUCUGCUUGACCAUUCGAAGCAAACCAAACGAAGAAGUUGAUAACGAGUGCUACCAACGAUAGAUCGAGUGAAUCAUCUCAAAUAUGUUCUCCCAAUUGAACAAGAUGCUAGCAGGUCUGCUGCUGGCCACGACCCUUGCCUGCUCGCUUUCAACUACCCAAGCUGCCGAGUUUGGCAAUUGUGCAAAUGAGACUGCCGUCGGUCAAUACAGCAAGGUGGAGGUAUCGAACUGUGCCGAUGAUGCUGCUUCUUGCGUGCUUAAACGUAACUCGAACGCCACCAUCUCUAUCACCUUCCAAAGCAGUGAAGAUUUGAGCGAUCUGAAGGCGGUCGUUCACGGGAUCAUCCUCGGUAUGGAGGUGCCCUUCAAUCUGCCCAACAACGAUGGCUGCAAGGACAGUGGACUCGAGUGUCCGCUGAAGAAGGAUACUAGCUACCGUUACAGCACUACACUGCCGGUACUAAAGCAGUACCCGAAGGUGUCCGUCGAGGUGAAAUGGGAGCUUGUGUCCGCUGGUGCGCAGAUCAUUUGCGUUCUCAUUCCGGCUAAAAUACAGUAGAAACGAAGGGCUGCUCCUCGACCGUCGUCAUCAGCAUUGAGUAGAAUUGGAUGGUGCUGUGGAUCGGAUCAUCUGAACUACUCGCUGCAUGUAUUCCAUCGUACAAGCUUCGUCGCAGAAGCAGCGAUGGCCUCAAUUCACCAUUAAGUACCGCCGUCUCCAAUAGGGUGUUUCGUUCAAUUGAAGUCGUCUAAGCUGCAGCAGGAAGUGAAGCAACAUAAGAAACACCCGCAGGUUCCUGCCCCUCUUUCUCUCACCAAGUCCCUCUCGUCUCAGACAGGAUCCUCGAUCCAAAGAUCGCUCAGAUCCUCCGAUGUUAAUUAGAUUGUAUAGUAGCCCCCGCUGAAGAAUCCAAUAAAGCAAACCCGGCGAAGAACAUCGCACUGGCACGUUCAGCGUGCACGCGACUCCCGGCUACCCCUUUGGCGUUAGAGGAACGCCCGUUA